AUGUUCAAGACUAUGCACAGGACCAGACAACAAGUUUUAAAAAAUGAUGCCAGACCAUUAGAAGCAGCCAGAAUAAAAAUAAAUGAAGAAUGCAAAAGUAACAAAAGUGAGACUUCUCCUAAGAAAUUAGAGGAGCUAAUGAAAAUAGGUUCCGAUGUUGAACUGUUACUGAGAACAUCUGUUAUACAAGGUAUCCACACAGACCACAAUACACUGAAAUUGGUCCCUAGGAAAGACCUUCUUUUAGAAAAUAUGCCAUAUUGUGAUGCACCAACACAGAAGCAGUGAAUUUUCUAGGAUGAAACAAAUCUUUAUACCUUUCAAUUUUAACAUCUGCAACUGUGGCAAAAAUCCUAAGUUUACAUUCUUCUGGCAUAUUGAAAAUUAAUAAGAAUAGCUUCAUAAUUAAACUUCAUGUUAAAAGAACAGCACUGAAAACUGUAGAAGAUAGUUACUUCUAAAGAGUACUAUAUAAGAAAUUUUGUUUUCAUUGAAAAUCAAGCCAUGUAAAGUGAAGUACAUACUUAAUGAGGUAUCUUCCAUUUCUUUUCUUUGGCCACAAUAGUUUUUUAGCUAUUUGAGAAUACUUUGUUUUUAGACUGGCGCCAUGGCGUGGUAGGCUGAGUCUGCACCUGCAAUGUUGGCAUCCCACAUAGACACAUAUUUGAGU